AUGCUAGACAUGUCUGAAAACUCGACCCCGCGUAGAGCCUCUGUCGAUACCGUAAAAGCAACUAGACCCAUCAGCAAAAGAGCUGCACGACGGAAGGAAGCAUCAGAGAUUGAUGACCUGGUGUCAGAUUUCGGUCUUCUUGCUGUGAAUGCUACUGCGAGAGACUUCUAUGGCUUCACAACAGAGAUGUCGUACGCCCGACUGAUACGAUCUGCGAGCGCAAAGGAGCCACUACCUGCAGACUUGAUCAAAGCACUGCCUCCAAAGUAUGCAGCAACGCCACUGAUUCAGCAUUACUUGAACAACAUCUUUACUCUUUGGCCAGUCUUCGAAGAGGCUACCCUCUACUCCUCCGUGGAUGCCGUCUACCAGCAAGGCGACAAUGCGAAACCUUGGGAUCGGUGGAGCGUGCGCAUGGUUUUGGCCAUCGCAUGUCUCUCCCAGUCUGAAUCGAGAGGUGACACCCACUACUCUGAUGCCGUCGGUCACAUGAAUGCUGCGCUAGAAAAUGCCGAAGACGUGUUACAUCCGGGCUACGUUUCUAGCAUUCAAGCUUUGAUACUCUGGACCAUCUAUGCUACUAUGGAUCCUCAUCACUUUGAUAGCUGGACACUAGUGGGCGCAGCUUCCAGAGCAAUGGUUGAUCUUGGUAUACAUCAAGAUCCAUCUAAGAAUGUUGCAAUGUCAAGAGCAAAGCUAGAGAUCCGGAGAAGAGUGUACUGGUGCGUAUACUCUCUAGACAGAUCAACAUCGCUCGUCCAGACUCGCGCCUUUUCAUUCUCAGACGAGGCUGCACACGUCGGCUUUCCAUUCUAUAACGCCUCGGUAUCACCGAAGUUUGCCUCGCCUACAUCUCAAGUCUUCCAACAAUCUUUCGAUACCGCGGUUGAUCUCUUCAGGAUACGAGAGAUACAAUCCGAGUGGUAUAUGGACCUCUUCCAAUCUGGUCGCGAGCCUUGGCAAGAACCCUACCAAUACAUCUGGAAGCAAUACAACAGGAUGUCGGAGUGGUUCCAAGAUAUGCCACAGAGCACUUUACCCGCCGUAAAAUCGUUCUUUGAGCUCGAACUCCUUUACAGCUAUGUUUAUAUUCUCUCGCCAAGCCCGCGAAUACCCCACAUCCACGAGUAUGCGCAACGGCUGAUCUUCGAACACUGCAUAGCAUAUGCCACGAAUCUGCUGGCCGUAUUGGAUAAGCCGUCACAUACAGUCAAACCUCCAGUCACCUUCUAUGACGCUAUGCGUGCGUACAUGACAGGCCGGCAGUUUGUCGAUGUGUUGUCACGCAACAUGGAAAUGAUCCUAGACCCAAGACCGCCAGUACCACCAACCCCAUUGGCCCCUCAAACGGAAUCGGAAGAUCCGCUCGCACCACCCGCGCAGAUCAGUGCACCACCUUUCCCGUCGCCACUGCUGCCAGAGGGGCAGACUUCGCCGUUGGAUCCUACAACUCGGGCGAUCAACGCUAUCCACGACUACACAUCUGUACUUUCUAAGUUCGGGUUGAGAUUCGGUUUCACUCACUGGCGUGACCGCUUCCAACGAGAGUCAGCCGCUCUUUCUGCGCAGCUCUACCAACGCCAGCAGACGUCCCCACAAACCUCACCUCCAGUACAGCAACUCUCGCCGCCUGUCGAUUACCCUCCGCAAUGGCUACCAAUGCCGUCCGUCUCGCCGCAAGCGCCGAACCUGAUGUAUCCUGGCGGUCCAACGACACCACCUAGUCUCUUCCCGCAAUCAAGUCCUUUCGCCAGCUCAAUGUCUUACACCGGCACUUCGUACGAUGGCUCCGGUCAUAGUCCACAACCACACGGUAUGACCUUCGAUGCGAGCCCAGGUCAGCAAACGUGGGCUACACCGUCACCUCAGCCGGUGCCGGAGUUGCCACAACCUUCCGGUGGCCAGAAGAGAAGAGCGAUGGUGUACGGACCGGGACUUCCGGCGCCGCAUCAGGGACAGGGCCAUAGUCCUGGUGCGUCUUCGAUAUCGGGGCAGGAAAGUAAUGGAUGGGCACAGCAAGAUCAGCAGCAGCAGCAGCAGCAGCAACAAGAUCCAAAUAGCUACUUCCAAGUACCGUCUUUACAGCAGCAGCAUAGCAAUUCGUGGACGCAGGAUCCGUCGCAAGGGAAUUGGGGUUGA